CGCACUGACGUGAAAGCCACAGAAAUGUACAACACAGUUGCAUUCUACCUACACCCAUCGAUCGAACGUGAAUAAAAUCUGUGAUCGUGUACAAUGGAUCAAAUAGUACCGUUAAUACUGAUAGUUUUAAAAUCAAAUAGUGGAUCGUUAUGUACCAAUCUUGCUCUACGCUUGAUCAACGUUCUGUGACGAAGAAAAGGCAUUUUUUCCAUAAACAAAAGUUAAUAACUGUGCAAACGAAAAUUAUAUAGAAACGACGAUCUCUAGUUUCUUUUUCUCGAAUAAAAUUCGCUCUCAACAAGCCUCUUCCAUCCUCAACAUGAAAAUUUCAGGUGAUGCUAUCAAGUAACAUGUAACUCUGUAAAGUUGAAAUCUCUCUCUCUCUCUCAUUAUUUAUAAUAAAUUAUUUCAUACCUAUUAAACAAACAGUGCAAAUAUACUUAUCGCAAUGACAAACAAUUCAAGGUACUUAGGAUAUCAUAGUAAUAUAAGUAGAAGUAGAGAAUAUUUGACAGAUGGGGACGAGAGUCACCGUGCUCCAUCAGAUCGUACAGUAUCUGAAUACAUUGUAUCCGCUGACCACACGACAAUGGUGAAAUCGAAGAAGGACCAUCCGGAAAAAUAUGAGAAAGAAGAAGGACGACAUUCCCGAAAUGUACACAAUAGUCGUGGAUCGGUAUUAUCUGGUUCAUCAAGACAUAGUCUUCAUCCCCUUAGCAAAAGUAAUUCGCAUGGUAGCAUAUGUGACAAUGGUUCAGAUAUAUACAUUACGAGCGCUGCGUACAGAACAACUUCUGAUAUAAGCCACGUGUCGCACCCCAGUUCAAGAUUAGGUCAUCGUACGCCUAGUCAUUACAGUUACGGUUCCGCGAAAUCUGUAAAGUCCCAAACAUCUAGAAAAGAUGGUAUUAUCAUAGAAACGAUGUCCACACCUAAUCCUUUUUGUCCAAAUACUAAAGGAGUCUGCUGCCUUAUGCUGUUACUUAAUCUUGGUUUAAUCCUUGUCGCAUUAGGGUUUGUUAUAGUGAUACAAUUUUUUCAACCCUUGAUAGUUUGGAUCUUGGGAAUAGUGUUUCUUGUGUUUGGAUUCCUAACACUGUUAGGAAGUCUCAUAUACUGUGUACAUGUGUUUAGAAAUGCAAAACAUCCGCAUGACAUUAAUCCCGAGGAUCUAUAUUGGACACGAUACUGGCAGGGACACGUAGGCUCAGCGCCUGAGGUAUACUAUAAAGCAGAAGAUAAAUAUCACGACGACGGAUACAGUGAUCGAAUGAGCAAAUAUUCUCAUAAAUCAUACGAUAGACAGAGAUAUUAAAACAAAGAAAUGUAUAUUAUAUAUACUAACUAUAGAUUAACACGUGUUGGCAAUAUAGUUCAUGGAACUAUAUUUUGUUUAAAAUAAUGACUAUUUUUAUAUGUAUUGUAUAUUACUUUAUAUACAUGGUAUCAAAGUACAUGACACAAUGUUUACAGUUGUGUCUGAUGCAGUAAAAAAACGUAAGACAUAUCCAUUAAUCAUGUUACAAUUAAAUAUUUAUUUAGAAUAAAUAAUCUGUAACAAAUAUAAGAUAUAUUUUACUUCCUCCA